CGCUGGGCUGGCAACUCGGUGACGCUGUCUGAGCUCGGGGAGAGCAGAGCAGGCGGAGCGGGCCGGCCGGGGCGGAGCGGAGCGGUCCGCAGAGCAGCCCCUCCCGGCCUCGGCCGACCCCGGCCCUCGGCCCGGCUCUAUGGACAGGAGCUCGCUGCUGCAGCUCAUUCAGGAGCAGCAGCUGGAUCCUGAGAACACAGGCUUCAUCGGUGCGGACACCUUCGCUGGUCUGGUACACAGCCAUGAGCUGCCCCUGGACCCCACCAAGUUGGACAUGUUGGUGGCUCUGGCUCAGAGCAACGAGCGGGGCCAGGUCUGCUACCAGGAGCUGGUGGACCUGAUCAGCAGCAAACGCUCCAGCAGCUUCAAGAGAGCCAUUGCUAACGGGCAACGGGCGCUGCCCCGGGAAGGACUGCUGGAUGAGCCAGGCCUGGGUGUCUACAAGAGGUUUGUGCGCUAUGUGGCCUACGAGAUCCUGCCCUGUGAGGUGGACCGCCGCUGGUACUUCUACAGGCACCGCACCUGCCCACCCCCUGUGUUCAUGGCCUCGGUCACCCUUGCCCAGAUCAUCGUGUUCCUGUGCUACGGGGCACGUCUCAACAAGUGGGUGCUCCAGACCUACCACCCUGAAUAUAUGAAGAGCCCUCUGGUGUAUCACCCAGGACACCGUGCCAGGGCCUGGCGUUUCCUCACCUACAUGUUCAUGCAUGUCGGGCUGGAGCAGCUAGGGUUCAAUGCCCUCUUGCAGCUGAUGAUCGGCGUGCCCCUGGAGAUGGUCCAUGGUGUGCUUCGCAUCAGCCUGCUCUACCUGGCAGGUGUGCUGGCAGGCUCCCUGACUGUCUCUAUCACAGAUAUGCGUGCCCCCGUGGUAGGGGGCUCUGGAGGGGUCUAUGCCCUGUGCUCAGCACACCUGGCCAAUGUUGUCAUGAACUGGGCUGGCAUGCGGUGUCCAUACAAGCUGCUGAGGAUGGUGCUGGCUCUGGUGUGCAUGAGUUCCGAAGUGGGCCGGGCUGUGUGGCUUCGCUUCUCCCCACCACUGCCUGCCUCAGGCCCACAGCCCAGCUUCAUGGCACACCUGGCUGGUGCAGUGGUGGGUGUAAGCAUGGGCCUUACCAUCCUUCGAAGCUAUGAGGAGCGCCUGAGGGACCAGUGCGGCUGGUGGGUGGUGCUGCUUGCCUAUGGCACCUUCCUGCUGUUCGCCAUCUUCUGGAACGUCUUUGCCUAUGAUCUGCUGGGUGCCGAUAUCCCCCCUCCACCUUGACCUGCUCCCUAGGGCCAGAUGGCUAGAGCCAGGCCUUCAGUGGGUCAGCCGCCAGGUGGGCCUGCAUGUCUGCCCUCUAUGAAUGGACCUCUUGGCUCCUUUUCCCCACAGGGGCAGGGGGGCCUGUGAUCCUCCCCCCCCCCCAGCUGAAGCCAAGUCUUACUGCAGCCCUUGCUGCCCCUCCUAUGCCUUUCCAGGGGGAGGGGUGCUACUAGGCCAGGGUUGGGUGGAGGACCUUGAAUGUGGCCCUAGAGAAGAUCCCUUCCCUCCCCACUGACCCCCCCCAGGACUUGCAGUCUGAGCCUUUUUGGAGAAUGAAUAAAUAUUUUACACAGCA